AUGUCCUCAGGUCAGGUGAUUAGCUGAACUUUCAUGGCGGACGACCUGACGUGUGCGUACUGAGAAUAUCACCGCAGAAAUCAGGGAUUUGCUAUCUCCCACUCAACUUUCGAUCAAAUCUCACACUUCUGUACAUAUUGGUAAACGCUCGGGACGAAUAAAAUGGCAGCAAAAGAAGAAGAAGCCCAACAACUGAUGAUCCAAGCGGAGAAGAAAGUGAAGUCGUCCCAGGGAUUUUUCGGCUCCCUGUUUGGAGGUGGCUCAACCAAGCUGGAGGACGCGGCUGACAUGUACGUGCGGGCUGCCAACAUGUUCAAAGUGGCAAAGAAAUGGAGCGCUGCUGGCAAUGCCUUCUGUGAGGCAGCCAAACUUCAGAUCCAACUGAACAGCAAGCAUGAGGCAGCCACGUGUUUUGUGGAUGCAGGGAACUGCUACAAGAAGACUGAUCCUCAAGAGGCUGUCAACUGCAUUUCCAGAGCUGUUGAAAUAUUUACUGAUAUGGGCCGAUUCACCAUUGCUGCCAAGAACCACAUUUCCAUAGCUGAGAUUUAUGAGACAGAGAUUGUGGAUAUUGACAAGGCAAUCUCUAACUAUGAACAGGCUGCCGACUACUACAAGGGAGAAGAAUCAUCAAGCUCUGCAAACAAGUGUUUGUUGAAGGUGGCCCAGUAUGCAGCCCAGCUUGAGCAAUAUCCUAAAGCCAUAGAGAUCUAUGAACAGGUUGCUGUUACAGCCAUGGACAACAGCCUUCUAAAAUACAGUGCUAAGGAGUACUUCUUCAAGGCAGCUCUAUGUCACCUGUGUGUGGACCUGCUUAAUGCUCAGCAAGCUGUGCAGAAGUAUGAAGAGAUGUUUGCAGCUUUCUCAGAUACUCGGGAAUGUAAACUUCUCAAGACUUUGAUGACAGCUCUGGAGGAGCAGAAUGCAGACAUGUACACAGAUGCUGUCAAGGACUAUGACUCCAUUACUCGGCUUGACCAAUGGCUGACAACAAUGCUACUGAGGAUCAAGAGAACUAUCUCAGGGGAGAUGGAGGAUCUACGAUAAACACUCCCUCAUAACAGAUGUCACACUGCCCAUAGAGGCAUGUGCUAGCAAUAUAUGUUCCAGUAUGAUAUACCAUAAGUCUUGUGUUUUCUAAUAUCACAUGUACACAUCACAUGUACUUUUUUGUCCUGCAGAUUGAUAAUUUUUCUCUAUUCAAAUACAUGUACCUUUGUUAGAAACUUUGUAGCUGACCUUUCUUCUGUAGCCAAACAAGGGAUUAUUACUUGCUGGCAUUGGGAUGGCAGGUUACUAGUAGAUUCUGACAAUUAGAUAUGAAAUGUACAAAAGUGAAUCUAAGGCCAGUACAAUCUAAGGCCUUCCUAAUUUGUGAUUGUUUUAAUCAGUUAAAGAUACUUUUGUAUCUCAGAACUCCUUAUUUAUAUGGCCAUCUGUCUUGCUUAUUGAUAAGUGCACAACAUUUCAUGUUCAUUUCAGUUCAUGUGAUGAAAGUUGGUCACCAUUAUUUUUUAAGCUUCAGUAAGUACAGUAUAGCAUCAGUAAUUCUACAGCCUUAAAGCAUACAUGUAACUGUACUGCAUUUUGAUUUAAUUUGUUGAUUUCAAAUUGAGUUUUUUUUUUACGUACAUGUCAUUUUAUGCACAGGUUCUAUUUUUUUUUGUUCAGGCUUAUCUGAAAGUUCCAAUGCAACGUCAGAGCUUGAUGCUACCAUCCAAAUGGUAAAUAAUUAGAAUGCAGAAUUCCAGUGUAGUAAUUGAAAUUGAAAUACUAACAGUAGAUGCAAAGCCUAGAGAAUGAGAAAGCUGGCUAUAGAAUAAAUGCUUCUCCAGUAAGGCAAUCUCAUAAAGUAAGGCACAGUGACUUGCUGUUACUAGUGUUAGCUGUAGUGUUUCCAAAUGAAACAGAUGGACUGAAUUAAUGAGUAAUAGUUAGACACAUUGAUCUUUUUAUGCUACAUCUUACAGAAAAUUGUAUUGUUGUUGUGUCUGUGCUGUAAUGUUGUCUACUGUAUUCCAUAUCCUGUAUUCUACAAACCAUGACUGUUGGUAUGAUUGAGAACUAUCUCAUUAUUCCAGAGAACUAAAGUGUAGACAAGUAGAUAACUCCAAAUGGUCUGAACUUUGUGUAUAAACUAUAAUAGAUGUAACCUAAGAUACAUGUAUAUUGUAAAGGCAUUGUACAGAAAAAGAAUCUGUCAUGACACAGGAUUAUUGAUGUUGAGUUACAAAUGAAGAACAUUGUGCUUGAAUUGUGGUCUCUAUGUACACACUAAUAGAUAUAAAUGUGCCCUGUUGUCCUGUCAUUUUGCUUAUUUAAUGACUUCUUGAAUCUGCUUCCAAAAUUUUCUGACGAUAUUAUUGCUCGCAUAAAGAUAGCAUUGGUAAGUCCAACGUUUAUUCAUUUUUUACUUGGAAUCAUGUCGCAUUAGAUGUUGGAGUUUGUUGGA